AUGGAGCGCUAUGCUCGUCGCCACAGACUAUCCGACGCUUCUCGUGAUCCGAACGGUCAUCAUUCGCGAGCACCCACCGUUGCUGGUCGGUCGCAAUCUAGGAUGCCGAGCCGCGCGCCAUCGCCCAACUCGUUCCACGGCAGGGCUGCUUCGAAUAGCUAUUCUAGAUCGGCGUCUCAGAGCAGGUCACCGUCCCAAGCGCGCCCAGCCGCGACGGUGCUGCAGUCUUCGGUAUCGGGCGCUUCGACUAUCAAUAGCAGUUCCUCUGGGACGUUCCGUUCGCCGCUCUACCGCGUUCGGCGUGCGCCUCUGCUGUAUGUGUUCGUUCCUUCUCCCGAAGGAGAAUGGCUCUCGGACGCGAGUGUUCUGGAGUGUGAGGCUGAGCUCAAGCGGGCUGGCGUCGCACACCUGCUCAGGCCAGGGGAUGUCGUCUGGGAUACCGCCGUGGGCGACGAAGGAAACAUAGGCAGGAUGGUGUGGGACGGGGGUUACUUACUCGAUCUCGAUUACACGUACUCGAUGUCCGGCGAGCUCCCGCAGUACAUGCAUUCGCUUGCAUUCCCGCCAUCGUACUUCCACCGGGUCAUUCGGUCGGUCAAUAACCCGAUUUGCUAUCUCGACAUAUCACCAUGGAGUGAAGAGAUCGCGAGCAACCUGCAGCUCCUGCAGGAUCGUGUAAAGACCGAAACCCCGCAAGGCAACUAUCAUACCGUGGUGCGGUGGGUCCACCGCUCUAGCUUCGUCAUCAAGCCGCCCUCCAUCAAGAUGCGCAUCCCCAAUACCGAUCUCUUCAUCGACUCGGGCUGGUUUGGUACUGUCGUUGUUGAAGCCGAGGGUACCAAUGAAGGCCUCGCUGACCUGCAAGAUCGAUGCAGAGAUGCGUUCCCGCCCAGGGCCGGAGGCGAGAGGAAGACUCCCAGCCGGGUAUUCAGAAUCUUGCGUGAGCGAAGUCGCCCUGGCGAAAUAUGGAUCCGAACCGUUAGGGAGAAAGAGCGGUUGAUGUAG